AUGAUUUCCUCAAGCAUGCUACAGGUCAGCAAGUUCCUGAUGCGAACGGGCCUACAUCGUGCCUAUUGUACGGAUCCUACCCGUAUCGAGAAGACUGUAAACACUGUCACGCUGCUCGGGCGUGUUGGUGCGGAUCCACAACGCCGCGGCAAUGAUGAGCAUCCGGUCGUGAUGUUUUCCGUAGCGACACACUCCAACUACAAAUACGAAUCGGGCGACUGGAUGCAGAAGACGGACUGGCACCGGGUGGUAGUUUUCAAGCCGGGUCUCCGAGAUGCCGUGAUGUCCUAUCUGAAGAAGGGACAGCGCACGAUGGUCACCGGCAAGAUAACUUACGGAGAGAUAACCGACCAGGAGGGAAAACAACGAGGCACCACCAGCAUUAUUGCCGACGAUGUGAUCUUCCUUCAAAAUUAA